UCUAUUCCAUUUCGUUUCUUGCUAUCCGGCUCUUGAUCCCUCCACGAGCCGUACCACCACCACCAGAGUCAGCAGCUAGCUUCUUCCGUCUCUACCUUUCUCGGAGCUUGCAGGUGGUGGUUUCUCUCGAUCGGUCCAAGGAUGAAGACGAAGCAGUCGAAGACAACGUCGCCGGAGAUGGGCGAGGUAGCUCAUCCAGGAGGAGCAGGGUACCGGAAGGGCCCGUGGACGGAGCAGGAGGACAUGAAGCUGGUAUGGUUUGUGCGGCUCUUCGGCGAGCGCCGCUGGGAUUUCUUAGCUAAGGUCUCAGGUCUCAACCGGACGGGGAAGAGCUGCCGGCUCCGGUGGGUCAACUACCUGCACCCGGACCUCAAGCGCGGCCGGAUGACCCCCGACGAGGAGCGCCUCGUGGUGGAGCUCCACGCCAAGUGGGGCAACCGGUGGUCGCGCAUCGCCAAGGCCAUGCCGGGGCGCACCGACAACGAGAUCAAGAACUACUGGCGCACCCACACGCGCAAGCAGGACAAGACCCAGCGCGCCACCUCCACCGCCGGCUCUGCUUCUGCUUCGGCUUCCACGACCACGUCUAUGUCGGCAGCGUCGCCGGCCACAUCGAGCUCGUCGUCCUCCAACAACAACGACGACCAAUGCCAUCAUGGCGAUGAUGAGACGGCGGCCACGGCUCCGAGCCAGGAGACGCUGAUAUACACCGGCAGCAUCGGCAUGGACAGCCUCCUCUGGAACGACCCCAUCGACACCUACGCCUGGAGCAGUACUGCUGCCGCCGCAGCGUCAAUGAUGGUGGUGCCUUCUUCGCCGGUGUGGGACUACUGCUGCUCCGAUUCCUUGUGGGGGACAGUGGACGACGAGGUCGCCGAGUACAAGAAGAUGCUCGGCGUCGGGGCAUCAUGAUCAAUCUCGCUCGUUCCAUCGUGCUCGUGCAUACAUCUUUUUCAAAUUAGAAGUUAGCUGCUAGCCGAAGAUCAUGCGUACGUGCAUGCGUCCAAUUCAGAGCACUUCAUCGAUGGAUCACCCUGGCUACGACGACGAAACCAGCCGAGCCUUGCUGCUGCAUGCCUAAUUAGUUUGACUUUUGUACUGUGUACUAUGUAACAUCCAUGUGUAUGUAUGAUAGACUAAGAACUACACAUAUGCAUGCAUGCAUCUAUUUACAAAUUUAAAUAGUAUAUCUGUAGUAAUGUUUAAUAGGCUACAAACUGUACUGUACUACUACUUGAAAAUUCAGAUGGAUCAUACUUUGUAUAUAAAGAUCUUAUAAUACAAAAACUCCUCAAUCUAGCUA